CUUCCAAAGCUCCAAUGGAAGCAUCUAACGACUUGUACAACAUGCCAACCAGUAUCUUAUCAACCAACAAAUUAUCUAUCCUUUUUUCUAAAGUAACCAACAUAUUUAAAGAAAAAUGAGAGAAAUCGGUCGAUUUCCAUAGUAUUAGGAGAGUGGCAGGAGAAAGACAAGAAUGGAAGCAUUGACCACAGACUUAGAUACUUUGAAUAUUCCGAAACGGCCUCGUCUCUGGGGAUGUAUUUGAUAUAUUCUUCUCCUCCGUCUUCUCUCUGAGAAUUAAUUAUUAUUUAUCAACUAACGCAUCGGUUUUUGUUUCUUAUUCUAUUCGAUUUUUUUUUGGGUCCAAGAGAUAGCGACCCAGAUCGAGUUUUGAGUUAGGUAAGAACACGGAAGAUGGGUUUUUGUUGGUUUUUCCUGGUCUUUUGAUUGGUUUAGAGAAAACCCAGUUGAGAUUUCACGAUUUUGAGAGUACCAAUUUGAAGACGAGAACAACCUGUUGAUCUUGAUGAUUAUUGGUAAUCAUAAGGACUCGACGUAUAGAAAAUUUCAUGAGGAUAUCAAUUUAUCCUGGCAAAUCCAACUGAGUUUUUGACAGAGAGUUGGGAGAAAGUUCUGUUUAGGUUUCAAAAGUUCGUGAUGGCUGGUGCGCAAGAUCAGGUAGAGAUCAGAUUCCGGUUGAUGGAUGGGUCAGAUAUUGGUCCCAAAAGUUUCUCUGCUGCUACAAGUGUUGCAACCUUGAAAGAAAGCAUCCUUAUUCAAUGGCCUAGAGAAAAGGAGAAUGGUCCUAGAAUGGUCAAAGAUGUGAUGUUAAUAAGUGCCGGAAAAAUAUUGGAGAAUAGCAGAACACUAGGGGAAUGCCAAAGCCCACUAUGUGAUAUACCUGGUGGGGUUUCAACCAUGCAUGUUGUCGUGCAACCGCCUAUGAAGAAAGAAACGAAAGCAAUGACCCAGCCAAAGCAAAACAAGUGUGUCUGCACUAUAUUAUGAGUUUAUGACUGGAGUUCCAAACCCGGGGAUCGCCUCAUUUUGAGGGGGUAAAGACUAAAGAGUGUUGUUGGAGCCUGUAUCGACAUUGAUGAUGUUGAAAUACUGAUUGAAGAGAGACAUUGAUACAGUUCCUUAAGCCUAACGCACCGCCAAACGCACCCCACUGUGUAAUCCCAGUUUAGCUGUCUAUUGUCUGUUUGGAAAUACGAUGGUGGGAAUUCACAUUUGCAAGCAGCCUAUGACCCUAUGAAUCCAUGUUUUCUUACUGUCUUUGGCUCCUGCGUUAUGUAAAAGGUUUACAUUUUGCAUCGAAACAUAUAUACGUGCAUCUUUCGGGUGGUUCAUCAAAACAUGUAUACAUAUAAAUAAGCAAGUAAAUGUAACGAUACAAGUCUUCUACUUUUCUUUGUUAAUCGAGAAAGACAUAACACAAUAAAAGUUUUACUUUUCUUUGUUA